GGCCUUUCCCCUGAAAUGAUGAGGAUCAUCAUCGAGUUUGCCUACACCAGGACAGUACCCAUCACGAUUGACAAUGUCGAAAAUUUGCUAAUUGCAGCAGACCAGUUUAACGUCAUGGGCAUCAUCAGGCUCUGCUGCGAGUUCUUGAAAGCCCACUUCUGCCCCGAGAACUGCAUAAGCAUCUGGAGGCUCACAGAGAGCUACUACUGUCCUGACCUAAGAGAAGCAGCCUACACGUUCAUCCUGCGUCACUUUGAGGAGAUAUCCAGGGUCUCUACAGAGUUUCUAGACCUUCCCUUAAGUGACCUAGAGCAGAUCAUGGAGAGAGACGAGCUCAAUGUGAAGGAAGAAGAAGUGGUGUUUGAGGCAAUGCUGAGAUGGAUUGCCCACGACCCCCAGAACAGGAGGCAGCAUGUUGCAGCCCUGCUGGGCAAGGUUCGACUGGCACUGAUGGAAGUAGGCUACUUCAUCAACAAGGUCAAGAGGCACGAUUACGUGAAGGACAAUGAAGAAUGCAAAGACCUCAUCAUAGACACGCUGACAGAAAUGUACAUCUUCAACAUGCAUGGUCCAUCCCGCUCAGGUUUUACCAACCCGCUCAGCCGGCCCCGCCUGCCCUCCACCCUCCUCUUCGCCGUGGGGGGCUGGAGCGGGCGCAGUCCCACCAACGCCAUCGAGACGUACGACAGCCGUGCCGACACCUGGCUGAACGUCACCUGCCAGCAGGGAAGGCCCCUGGCCUACCACGGCACUGCCUAUCUGAAAGGCUUCAUCUACAUCAUUGGAGGGUUCGACAGCGUGGAGUAUUACAGCAGCGUCAAGCGGUUCGACCCCCGGAAGAAGACGUGGCAGCAGGUGGCCCCCAUGCACUCGCAGCGCUGCUACAUCAGCGUCACCACCCUCCACGACUCCAUCUACGCCAUGGGGGGGUACAACGGGAACACGCGCCUGGACACGGCCGAGCGCUACGAGCCAGAGAGCAACCAGUGGACCCUGAUCGCCUCCAUGAACGACCAGCGAAGCGACGCCAGUGCGACCACACUGCACGAGAAGGUGUAUAUCUGUGGCGGGUUCAACGGGACCGAAUGCCUGAUCACUGCAGAGGUGUACAAUGCCACCACAAACCAGUGGAGCUUCAUAGCCCCCAUGACCACCAGCAGAAGCGGAGUGGGUGUGAUCGCGUAUGGAAGCGCCGUGUACGCGGUAGGGGGAUUCGAUGGAUUUAACCGGCUGCGGAGCGCGGAAGCGUACAACCCGGUCACCAACACCUGGCGCAUGAUCCCCACCAUGUUCAGCCCACGCAGCAACUUUGGCAUUGAAGUGGUGGACGACCUUCUGUUUGCAGUUGGUGGCUUUAAUGGUGUUUCCACCACCUUCACCGUCGAGUGCUACAACGAGAGGACCAACGAGUGGUACGACGCUGAGGACAUGUCCAUCAGCCGCAGCGCGCUGAGCUGCUGCGUGGUGCCCGACCUGCCCAACGUCAGGGACUACGUGGGCAGUGACACUGACACAUGGACAACUUCAGGGGAAGCCAGGUUAAACUCUCCAACAAGGAGCCUGCCUGUAUAA